AUGUAUUUACCCGGAAAGUGGGAAAAGGUACCCGUGGGAAAGCUGACACUGUUGGCCAGAGGACUACCGUUGGGAUAUUUAAGCCAACUGGAACAUAGGCUGAGUGAGACCGAGGCAGCCCUUUACGGGGCUUUGACGAGCCUUCGAUCACUUGGACAACCCAGCGCAGCGCCCGCCUCAAGGAAGACGGAUGCUGUCCCCAGGCAAAAGGCAGCUCUCAUGAAAGAGUGGUCUCAGCUACCGCUUCGAGAAUGGCACGAUAUGGAGCGCUGGCUGACGACCAUGUCUGACCAGUUUACCAUGGAGCAACCAGGAGGACUAGUUCCAGAGAGCUCAAGGAAUGGCCGCGCAGUCCUUGUGACUUCCGAUCACGAAAUAAUGCACAGGUCGGAGUAUGAGCCUCACGCCGGACCAGUCUCAGAUGCAUGGCAGGCCAGAGACGGCAGGGUCAGGCCGGAGAAUCCAUCCGAUGCUCAACGGCCCCGCACGGAAACGGAACCAAUGGCUUCGCCGAUAUGUUUUGGACAUCAGGCCACGACAGAACAUGAAGCGGUGUCUUCCUCAUCGGCUGGCUGUUCUAGACAGGGAACGACUGGUGUCGAUGAUGUUGUCAGUGUCGCUGGGGCAGAUGCAUCUGCAAGAGGUGGGAUAGGCCGACCGAGCAAAGCUGAAGAAUUAUCACGAAAUAAGCCAAGUCUAUAUUUUUGA